UCAACUCCAGUUCAGGGAUUUUCCUCCAAUUUCCGACUUUCUGGUGCAGCACCACUUCCUGUAAAGUAAGGCGAUUCUAUGAAAGUCAAUCUUCAACAUCUCGACUAUACCCCGCAAAUCACGGCGCUCCGAGGAAAGGCUAGGUUCCGCGUUGGAACACCAAGCUAUCGAGCUUAGAGACAGCUGCUUUUGCACGUGCGCACUGUGAAUGAGCAGUUUCUGACAUUUGCACCUUUCACUCGAGCAUUAUUAUGACUCAAUAUCUCCUAAAUGCUUAGCUCUGUUUUUUCAACUGAUGUAUGGCAAGGCGAGGCUAGUUAAGAAGGGUAGUGUAUCAGUUAUUUCAGGAAAUCUGAGCAUUGCGGCAGUUGUCAGCAAACAGACAAAACCGUUUGUUUUAAUUCAUUUUAGGUCAUUUUCGAGUAACUAGGGCGUUCAGCAAAUAGCGCAGAGCGAGUGAACAGAUAGUUCAAGCGGGCGCUUCGUUCGGCGGUGCUUCGUUCGCUUACAUUCAGAGGACAGUCUUGGUUGAAGGGGACAUCAUAAUGUCACUCGACGGUGACCCCAAGUACGGAGCAGGGUCCGCAGCGGCUGCAGGGGAGACCUCGGAUUGGAAGGAGAAAUACGCGGAUCCUUACUCCAGCGAGCCUCCUGCGACCAAGUACCCUGAUAUCUACUCCAACGAGCCCCCUGCUGACGACCAAGAUGCUCUGGGUGCGAGCGCCAUAUCGCUAGAGGGCACGGUGCAAGUGGUGAAGGAGAAUAUGUGGUACAUAGGCGAUGCUGCCUUGAAGAGCGUGGCUGAGGUUCUGUACGGGUUCGGAAUCAGCCCAACGAUA